GUCAGCCGCGGUUGAGGGUUGCGAUCUCAUCGUCCAUUCUUUUCUCUCCUAAUGAUUUGAUUUCGUCUCUCGCCAUGUCUCCGUACUUUGGGCUCCAAGCCCUCCCUUUCCUUCUAUCCCUCCUUUUCGCGGUCUUUGCCUCAGCGGAGCAUACGUCCAACUGGGCUGUCCUCGUCGCAACCUCUCGCUUUUGGUUUAACUACCGCCAUCUAGCAAAUGUCCUCUCUCUCUAUCGAACCGUGAAGCGGUUGGGUAUCCCUGAUUCCCAGAUAAUCCUCAUGCUUCCGGAUGACAUGGCCUGCAACCCUCGAAAUGCCUUUCCCGGAACGGUUUACAGUAACGCGGACCGUGCGGUGGAUUUAUACGGUGAUAAUAUCGAGGUAGAUUAUCGCGGAUAUGAGGUUACAGUGGAGAAUUUCAUUCGUCUGUUGACUGAUCGUUUGGACGAAGACGUUCCUCGCAGCAAACGCCUGGGAUCAGACGCCGGGAGCAACGUGCUCGUUUAUAUGACCGGCCAUGGGGGCGAUCAAUUUCUCAAGUUUCAGGACGCCGAGGAGAUUGGCGCCUGGGAUCUGGCGGAUGCGUUCGGUCAGAUGUGGGAAAAGAAGCGCUACCAUGAGCUGCUAUUCAUGAUCGACACUUGCCAGGCGAACACGAUGUACACUCAUUUUUACUCGCCCAAUAUCAUUGCGACAGGGUCCAGCGAGCUCGACCAGUCGUCUUACUCUCACCAUGCUGAUAAUGAUGUGGGUGUUGCGGUGAUUGACCGUUGGACCUAUUACGUGCUCGAGUUCCUCGAGAAUCGGGUGACGAGCCUGGAUUCGAAGCAAACGCUCGGCGACCUAUUUGACUCGUAUGAUGAAACGAAGAUUCACUCGAACCCCGGGGUGCGAUGGGACCUGUUCCCUGGCGGUGAGCAGGAGGGCCGUCUUCGGACUGUGGUGGACUUUUUCGGGAACGUCCAGAGCGUCGAAAUUGAGAAGGCUGAUGCCGAUGAGCCGGGUUCGUUGAAGGAGGACCUUAUCGAGAUUGCGCAGCUUGUCGAGAAGUGGCGAACAUUUUCCCAGGACUAUGCUGUCGCCAACAGUACGUCCCAGCAGGAAGAAACAAGAAGUGCGCCUGCAUAUGAAGUGAAGAAAAGGAACGUCGGUCCUGCGAGAUUGACCGAUGAGACUCCUUGGGAAAAGCGCUUGAUCGGGCUGUCAAUCCUAGGAGCGUGUGCUGCCGUCUGGUUCACCGGUUCUACCUUAGGCAAGACCAUGGCCUGA